AUGUCUUCAAAAGAGAAAAUUGAAAAUAAUAAAGUGUUUAAUAGAAGAAGAGCACGAAAAAUUCAGACCCAUUUAUCUGUUGCUCCUAAUUUGGAUGAUGUUAAUGAUGGUAUUUGGCCAGCCUGGGCUUUACCAGAUAAUUGUAAUGAUGCUGAUCAUGACUUCGAAUCUGAUAAUUAA